CGCGGCGCCAAGGGCUGGCACUACAGUGACCACAUGGAAAAUAUUUAUGGCUACUUAAUGAAAUACACCAAUCUCGUCACCGGUUGGCAGUAUCGGUUCUUCGUGCUGAACAACGACGCGGGCCUGCUCGAGUACUUCGUGAACGAGCAGUCGCGGCACCUGAAGCCCAGGGGCACCUUGCAGCUGGCCGGGGCCGUGAUCUCGCCCAGCGACGAGGACUCGCACACCUUCACAGUGAACGCUGCCAGCGGGGAGCAGUAUAAGCUAAGAGCCACGGAUGCGAAAGAGAGGCAGCACUGGGUCAGCAGGCUCCAGAUCUGCACGCAGCACCACACGGAAGCCAUCGGCAAGAACAACCCUCCUCUGAAAUCUCGCAGCUUCUCUCUCGCAUCCCAAGGAAGCUGCAACUCUCCUGGUGUGCAAAGACGACCCAGCCAAAAUGCAAUUUCUUUUUUUAAUGUUGGACAUCACAGAUCAUCAUCUGGAAAAAGAGUUCCUAUUCUGCAGCCAGAUCACCUUGUAGAUGUUAGAGAGAUGAUGUCUCAGGCCGAGGGCCAGCAGAGAGACUUGAUCAGGAGCAUAGAGUGCCUGCCUGUCUCUGGUCACCUUACAUCCUUGGAUCAAGACCUGUUAAUGCUCAAAGCAACUUCCAUGGCAACCAUGAACUGCUUAAAUGACUGCUUCCAUAUUCUCCAGUUACAACAUGCUUCACAACAGAAGGGAUCCUUGCCUGCAGGAACAACCAUCAGUUGGCUGGAACCAAAGAUAUCUCUGUCGAACCACUUCAAAAAUGGAGCAGCGCAGAGUUUCUCGGCAGAGAUUAACAAGCCAGCGUCUGUCAGAGAAGAGCAGUCCAUUUCCGAGCCCGGCCAGCUAACCAGGGAAGCUGAGGAAAUAAAUCCAGAUGAGGAGCUGGAGGAUAUCAGUGAUGAUAAGGAAGAUGAUCUAGGAGCCGUGGAGGAGCAGCGCAGCAUUAUCUUGCAUCUCUUGUCUCAGCUGAAACUUGGCAUGGACUUAACAAGAGUGGUUCUCCCCACGUUCAUUCUGGAGAAGCGGUCGCUGCUGGAGAUGUACGCGGACUUCAUGUCGCACCCGGACCUCUUCCUCGCCAUCACGAACGGCGGCAGCGCCGAGGAGCGCAUGAUCCGCUUCGUGGAGUAUUAUCUGACCUCCUUCCACGAGGGCCGCAAAGGGGCCAUYGCCAAGAAGCCCUACAACCCCAUCAUCGGGGAGACCUUCCACUGCUCGUGGAGGAUGCCCAAGAGCAAAGUGGGCGCCGAGGCCGGCGGCGACGCAUCUGCUCCUUCCUCCUCAGAGCAAGUAACACCAGCGAAAGACCUGGAAGGCCAAACAGARCUGGACUAUUACACAGUCAAAUUCGUAGCUGAGCAAGUGUCCCACCACCCUCCCGUCUCAGGGUUUUAUGCUGAGUGUGUGGAGAGAAAGAUGUGUGUCAAUGCCCACGUCUGGACAAAGAGCAAGUUCUUAGGAAUGUCGAUAGGAGUGACGAUGGUUGGGGAAGGUCUCUUAAGCCUCUUGGAGCAUGGGGAGGAAUACACGUUCUCGCUGCCCUGUGCAUACGCACGAUCCAUUUUAACUGUUCCUUGGGUAGAACUAGGAGGAAAAGUCAACAUAAACUGUGCAAAAACGGGGUAUUCUGCAAGUAUUAACUUCCACACCAAGCCCUUCUACGGUGGCAAAUUGCAUCGGGUGACGGGCGAGGUGAAGCAGAACGCGACGAACACGGUGGUGUGCCGAGUGCAGGGCGAGUGGAACAGCCUGCUCGAGUUCACCUACAGCAGCGGCGAGACCAAGUGCGUGGACCUCACCAAGCUCUCRGUGACCAGGAAGCGCGUGCGGCCCCUCGAGAAACAGGGGCCCUUCGAGUCGAGGAGGCUGUGGCAACACGUGACAGAGUCUCUGCGGGAUGGAGACAUCGACAAGGCGACGGAGCACAAGAGAGCCCUCGAGGAGCGGCAGAGGAGCGAGGAGAGGCUCCGCGCCGAGACCGAAACGCCCUGGUGCACCAAGUACUUCCUUAAAGAAGGAGAUGGCUGGGUGUAUCAUAAACCCCUUUGGAAAACUCUUUCCCCCGUACAGACUCAGCAAAUGGACAGUAACUAGAGAAGCUCCUUGGAGAUGAGUUUUCUGUUUCUGAUAUUCUCUCUCUCUGUCUGUCUCUCCCAGCACAGUAAUUACACUGAGUGUCCCCUUUUUUAUGUAACUGUGGAAAUUUAAACAAGCAUAAAGAAAUAAAUAUACUAGGGCACUUUAAAGCUAUAUAUAUAUAUAUUAAAAAAAAAGGUUGUAGAGACAAACCUGCCAGGUACGUUCCACCAACCUUUUUGUAUGAUCUGAGAGAUUUUAUCUGAAUUGAGUAACAUUCUUCUAAUGAGGUCUGRUUGCAAAAGCUGCCUAAGAGAGGAGCUGCUUGACUUGGGAGUGACAUGGGGACGUGUUCCUGAAGCUUCGACAAGCUCUGUCUGGUAACUGCAAUACACUUAGUACCCACGGAAACAACAGCAACCAAACCCUGCUGCUUUUGUGCCCGGUGAUUAACCUUGGUGAAAACUGGAGGGGCCUUUGGAAGAUGUGCCUGAAAUCAGUGUUAUGAAGCAACUGGAUCAUGACAACUUUUGUUCUUCAGAGAGAAUGCGUGCAUGYGUCGGAGAAACAUGGAUAUGGAUUAUACGUAGAGACUACCUUUUUUAUGGAUUUAUAAAAGCGAUUAGAAUUGUAACCAUGGAGAAAUUUUUCCUCUGAAACGUUUUAAUAUACUUGAAAUAAUUGACUUGAAUUGGAAAAGGAAUUUGAACACUUUUCAACUCCUAAUUUUAUUAAAUCUCUUUGAGUGAGUGACUUGGAUUUUGCUCAUGUUAUCAUGUAAUGAGGUUUGGCCCUUUUCUUCCUCCUCCACCUUCCCUUCCCAAGGACUAAAGCUUUCAAACUGAACAAAAAAMCAUACAAUUUUGUAUUUGAAUUUCUCUGCCCAUCUAAACAUCUCAGAGGUGAAGUAUCAGUGUUACAAACUGUCUCUUGGAUUGUUCUGUUUUUUCUCCUGUGGUGUUACUUGGAACAAAGCAGUGAAAUGUGACCUGUGAAUACAUGGACUGUAGGUUCUGCUUUUUCAUCUUCCCAUAAAAAAAAAAGCUGAUUAUGCUGAAGACUGGGUAUUGAUUUUAAAACACAAUCAGAUAUCAGGAAACUGUAUUCAGGUACAAACAUCCUUUGUUUUUUAUAAGUAUUUUAUUGAAGUCUAAGAAUUGCUGGCAAUUAAGAAUAGUACUAAUGGCUUUCGUUAUUGUUGUAACUACAAGCUACCUUAAUUUUUCCAACAGUGGUGCCUUACUCUGUUUUUUCUUCU